ACAUUACAUGACCUUGGUUUCACUAAAAAUACUGUUUCUGUUUGUUUUGUUUGAUACAGUUUCGUUGCGUUUCGGAUAAAAUCUUCGAAUUUUAGAAAAUAUCUUAAUAGUAUAAUGAAAUUUGUUGUGAUUUAGUUUAUUUUAUGAGAUCUGGCCGCACCAGUUAGCUAAAUGGACAAAGUUUCAUCACAGUUUUUAGCCAGUAUAGAAAACAACACCGAGCAGUCGAACGUUUUUAACAUUAACUUCGAUAAAGACUUACCAUUGAUAAUGGCAGCCCUCGAGCAAAAUCUCACAUUGAAUGAGAAUCAAAACGAUAGUCGCCAGGAAUCAGAAGAUAAUGCCACCGAUGAUGAGGAUGAAGACUCACCUGGGUGCAAGUCAUCUCCAAACAAUCGUGUUCAGCGGCGAAGAUCACUCCGUUCAAAGUCGAUUGACAGUAAACUGCACAAAAUUAAACGAAGAACUAUUACAAAACCAUCUAAAUUAUCGAUCAAUCUAAAUGCAUCAGACAACGAGAUCCGUAAUUAUUAUAUGAUCAACAGCAAACGAGUUGAUCUGAAGCCAACCAAUCUUGAGACUAUUUUCGAAGAAGGCUCUCCAUCCGUUGCGAAGGAAAAGUUUUUCGGGCUGCGCAAGGUUCGGCGUAGCCUAAACUGUUCAGACGGAUGCAACAUAAACAAAACUACCAUGAAAGCUAGAAAGAGCCGUGUUCGAAAGCUGCUGGGUGGUGGUCCUAAGUUGCAGAAGAUGACGAUGGACACUUUUCUGGAGCGAUUGAAAUCGUUGAAUAAUGAUGGCGAUGAUGAAGAAGAAACAAUCGGUGAUCUCAAACUGAAUCAUACCGUGUGAUGAUGAGCUUAUUAACCCUAAAGUGUACAUGAACAUCUCCACUAGAACAAACUAGACUUACAAAUCUAACUGAAUUUCUGCGUAUCGUUUAACAUUUAAGCCAUCCCCGGUUAACCAUGUACGGAAAUGUAUGAUUAGUUAAAUAAAUUCUAAGUUUUUAUACAACGAAA